AUGGCUUCUGCUCCAACAUUAGCUUCAUCCACCAAGGAGACCACUAAUUACGCAAGAUUAUGUCGCCCUUCAGUAGAUGGAGGCACCAAGGCCUUAAGAUACACUUUUGACAAAUUCCACUCCCCAGCAAACCUGUCUACUGUAUUGAAAGCAAAUCAUUCGACCCUGCAAUCCCUUAAAAAUAAGAAAAUCAUCAAUGCCACACAGUGGGGUAAACUGUAUCCCUCUACUGCAUUGUCUGUAACAUCAGAAGACUUUGACAUCACGCUACUGAUUGUGCUACUUAGGAACAUCUGUCAUCUGGCGGCUCCGGCCACAGGCUGGGACAGUCUUCCACCUGCUUCAGACACGGGUAUUGAGGCUAACUUAGCUAGAGUGAAGUUCUAUAGGAACUCGGUCUAUGGGCAUGCCAUUCAGGCCUCUGUUGACGAUCCAACAUUUAAUUCUUUGUGGCGGGACAUAAGUGCCGCACUGAUUGCACUGGGUGUAGAUGCAGCCGCUAUCAAAAAACUAAAGACUGAGACUAUGGAUCCAGACGCGAAGAAGUAUUACCGGGAGCUGCUAAAGGAAUGGAAGAAAGACGAAGACAACAUCAAAGACCAGCUAGAUAAAAUGGAGGGUAUAGAUGAACAUUGUUUAGUUCCUUUGAGAAAUAAAUGUCUUUUUCUGACCUUGAUAGGGUGUAGUUGGGGUUCAACUGAAAGUUUUGAAUUGGCCAAAAUUAACUUCUGCUUCCAAAGACCGCGAACACAUUUGAAAAAGAAUAAACUGACAUCCGACGGAAGGACUGCAAGCAGGUUUAGUUUAAAGCUUAAGGCUAGUGAUUCUAUUAGUGAGUUGUAGUGAUGUGAACUUUAUACACCUUGACGUACGAAAAGUAAUAUACGUACUUGGUUAUUCAUUAAUAAACAAAAUGUGUUAGAAAAAGAGUGGCAAGCGAAUAGCAGAAGAGUUAGUUAUUAUCUCAGUUGACGAGUUCGAUCGACACUGAUGGUAACUUAAUUUUUUUUCUCCUGUUAAAAUCAUAGGUAAUCUUGAGCACAUGAAAAGUGAAAUGGGAAAGAUGAGUGAGACGCUGAUGGCUAUGAAAAAUUCCGCGACAGAGUAUGGGGGUCAGUUUCAAAAAAGGAAACCAUGCAAGAUUUAUGAAUUGUUUGAGUCAAGCUAACUUCUAAUCAUGUUUUAAACAAACUGAAUAUCAAAUUUUUUAAGACCUUGUAAGGUAGGAGUGAUAAACAAAACUAUGCUAUUUCUCUUAAUAUAAAUCAUAAAACACAUGAUAAGAAAAUAGACAAUAUUAGCGAUCAGGAAGGCCGAGGAACGCCGAGGGAUCAGUUCCCGAUGUUAAUUCCAAAUUCCGUAACAUGGGCAUCCUUUCUUUUAAUUACUUUAUGUAUUGCUAUAUUGCUAUGAAAUUUAUUCCAAUCAGCUUUUAUUGAUCACGUGUAUGGAGAAGACUGUCAAUUACAAGGUUAAAUUAUUCUGUGAACAAACAUAACUUUAUCUUAUCGUCUAUAAAGGGUGUGUGAUGAAAGUCUAAUUUUGCUUUGUGUAUUCUUCUCACUAACAGAUGGAACAAGAGAAGAUUUAAAGAAGAUAAAAAGCGGGAUAGAAAACAUCAGUGAGACACUGCAGACCUUAAAAGUCUCUCCGACCAAAGAGGAAGGUCAGUUUCCCCAAACUGCAGCCAUAAAAGAAUCCCUCUUAGAUGGCUCUUUAAAGCCAUUAUUGCUGAUCGAUCAGUAGGUAUGUUUCUUACAAAUGUCUCUUGGGUCCCAAAAGAACAGCUUCAUAUCCACAAGAGGGACCAAAGUGCUGCAACUUAUGGAUUUGCCUUCAAUAAUUCUCUCAGUGAGUAGGAUGAAGGAUGACAUAAACGCUAUUUUCCUGUAGGAUGGUGGCGUUGGAACCGCCUACUAGCAUGGGGGCCAUCUUGGUUUCAAUACCGAGUAGUCGCCCAUCUUAUUUUGUAAUGUUCAGCCAGUGUUUUUAUUUUGCAACAGUUUUUUUAUUUCCAUCAUGUCCCUUGUGGGAUAUGUAUUAGCCCCAGAUUAAAAAAUAGAUGCCGACCUUUCAAACUCUACAACCACACGGGACUGUGAGUCCUCAAAUACCCUUACUUUUUUUAAAGGACAAUAAAUUCACAAAGAAGUGGUCCAUUUGCCCUGCUUCUCACAAAUUACAGUGGCCUGCUAAAAGACUGUUCUUGAAUAAAAAAGAGGGGCUUUAGCAUCUUCCGUUUACUUAUUGAAGGUUCUCCCUGCCGCUAGUUUUAAAUGUUUGUCGCUUGCUUUUAAGGCGGUGCACAUGGCUUGGGUAGUUAAUAAAUAAAUGGCCUUCUCCUUGCAUUGUUAUAUUGGUAGUUCUAGUCAUUUGCCUUACGGACUUGGAAAGUAGCAAACCGAGCUGUUUUAGACAACUAUUUAAAACAAAGUUGGUUCUCAUUUGUUCUCAACAGCUGGUUUGGUGGCCGAGCAUAUUGAAAUCAUUCGCCAGAAGUACAAACGUCAUGAGGGAUGGCUCGCGCCUUUUUCUUGGUGCGAAGACUUUCACUUUCAACUCAGCGAUAUUUAUACACGCCUUCGUAUGGUCAGCAGAGAGAAAAAGGCGAGNGACCUUUCAAACUCUACAACCACACGGGACUGUGAGUCCUCAAAUACCCUUACUUUUUUUAAAGGACAAUAAAUUCACAAAGAAGUGGUCCAUUUGCCCUGCUUCUCACAAAUUACAGUGGCCUGCUAAAAGACUGUUCUUGAAUAAAAAAGAGGGGCUUUAGCAUCUUCCGUUUACUUAUUGAAGGUUCUCCCUGCCGCUAGUUUUAAAUGUUUGUCGCUUGCUUUUAAGGCGGUGCACAUGGCUUGGGUAGUUAAUAAAUAAAUGGCCUUCUCCUUGCAUUGUUAUAUUGGUAGUUCUAGUCAUUUGCCUUACGGACUUGGAAAGUAGCAAACCGAGCUGUUUUAGACAACUAUUUAAAACAAAGUUGGUUCUCAUUUGUUCUCAACAGCUGGUUUGGUGGCCGAGCAUAUUGAAAUCAUUCGCCAGAAGUACAAACGUCAUGAGGGAUGGCUCGCGCCUUUUUCUUGGUGCGAAGACUUUCACUUUCAACUCAGCGAUAUUUAUACACGCCUUCGUAUGGUCAGCAGAGAGAAAAAGGCGAGAGCAACAGCGCAGCAAAGAGUUGUUGAAACGACUGAAAUCUUCAAACCCCACGAAGAAUGCAAACAACCUAGAAAAGUAUUGAUUGAAGGAAACCCAGGAAUGGGAAAGACGACAUACUGCAAUAAGGUUGCUUACGACUGGGCUAUAAAGAUAGAAAACGAAGGAGAUUGCUUUCCAGAAUUUGAAAUGGUACUCUUGCUGAAAUGCCGUGAUGUCGAGAUCGAGUCCGACCUUUGGGGAGCCAUUGACGAUCAGCUUUUGCCAGCUGAAAUUAAUCAAAAGGAAAGGGAGAAAUUCUUCGAGUUCAUUCGGCAAAAUCAAUCAAAGGUUCUACUGAUACUUGACGGAUUGGACGAGUUACCUUCAAGUAAACGGCCGGAGUUUACCGACAUCAUACGAGGCAAAAUGCUUCCUCAAUGUCACCUGGUGGUUACAGCGCGACACGAGGCUGGAAUACCCGUAAGAAAAGUUUGUGACACCCUUCUAGAGAUAGAAGGUUUCAGUUAUCAAGAUAUCAAAGAAUUUAUUCACAAAUAUUUUGUCGCCAAGAAAGAAUUGGCUGAAAGGCUAUUGGAAAAAAUACAUAAUGAGAAAAUACUCAGAGAUAUGGCGGCAACCCCUUUAAACACUGCACUUCUUUGCCUUCUUUGUGAAGACUUUCAAGGUAUUUUCCUGACAGCAGAACUCAAUUGUACUUGGAAAUAG